AUAACGACGUCCCUGUCAACUCCAGGAGGAACCGGGAGGAGCCGAGAGUUUUCUUGUACUUUCACUUUUGCGUCACAGUCGGAGGGGAUCAAGACUAUUCCCGGAGUGAAUUAAAGCCAGUGAGGCAUCAGAGUUCCGCUACCCUUACCAUGGCUUCAACGACCUGCACCAGGUUUACUGAUGAGUACCAGCUUUAUGAGGAGCUGGGGAAGGGGGCUUUCUCCGUGGUGAGGCGCUGCAUGAAGAUUUCCACAGGGCAGGAAUAUGCCGCCAAAAUCAUCAAUACUAAGAAGUUGUCAGCCCGUGAUCACCAGAAGUUGGAGCGAGAGGCCAGGAUCUGCCGCCUGCUCAAGCAUCCCAACAUUGUGCGCCUCCAUGACAGCAUAUCAGAGGAAGGAUUCCACUAUCUGGUCUUUGACUUAGUUACCGGCGGUGAGUUGUUCGAGGACAUUGUUGCCAGGGAGUACUACAGCGAAGCCGAUGCCAGUCAUUGCAUUCAGCAGAUCCUUGAGGCUGUGCUCCACUGCCACCAGAUGGGGGUGGUUCACCGCGAUCUCAAGCCAGAGAAUUUACUCUUAGCCAGCAAGUUGAAGGGGGCAGCGGUCAAACUGGCAGACUUUGGCCUGGCUAUUGAGGUGCAGGGAGACCAGCAGGCAUGGUUCGGUUUUGCCGGUACACCUGGGUACCUGUCUCCAGAGGUACUGAGGAAAGAUCCAUACGGAAAGCCAGUAGACAUGUGGGCCUGUGGCGUGAUCCUCUACAUCCUCCUGGUGGGAUACCCUCCAUUCUGGGAUGAGGACCAGCACAGACUCUAUCAGCAGAUCAAAGCUGGGGCUUAUGAUUUCCCUUCUCCUGAGUGGGACACAGUGACUCCAGAAGCUAAAGACCUGAUCAACAAGAUGCUCACCAUUAAUCCAGCCAAAAGAGUGACUGCCACUGAUGCACUCAAACAUCCUUGGAUCUGCCAACGCUCCACUGUGGCCUCCAUGAUGCACAGACAGGAAACUGUGGAGUGCCUAAAGAAAUUCAAUGCCAGAAGGAAACUCAAGGGUGCUAUCCUGACUACUAUGCUGGCCACUCGUAACUUCUCAGCAGCCAAGAGCCUGUUGAACAAAAAAGCAGAUGGAGUCAAAGAGCCUCAAACCACUAUUAUCCACAACCCAGCUGAUGGAAACAAGGAGUCCAGUGAUAGUGCCAACACAACCAUUGAGGACGAAGACGUGAGAGCUCGUAAACAGGAGAUUAUUAAAGUCACUGAGCAACUGAUUGAGGCCAUCAACAAUGGAGACUUUGAAGCCUACACCAAGAUUUGUGAUCCCGGCCUCACAUCCUUUGAGCCUGAAGCCAUGGGCAACUUGGUGGAGGGCACAGACUUCCACCGCUUCUACUUUGAGAAUGCUCUGUCCAAGGGGAAGCAGCCCAUACACACCAUCCUGCUCAACCCCCAUGUCCACCUGAUCGGGGAGGAGGCUGCUUGCAUCGCCUAUAUCCGCCUCACCCAGUAUAUUGAUGGCAACGGCAUGCCUUGCACCAUGCAGUCAGAGGAGACCCGCAUCUGGCACCGCCGGGACAGCAAAUGGCAGAACAUCCACUUCCACCGCUCUGGCUCGCCAACCGUUCCCACCAAUUGAUGGGAGUAUUCCCAACAACACCCUACAGCCUACUACAGUAAGACAAACAGACCCCACCUACCAAGUGGCCGUCGAAUCCCUAAGCCAUUCCCUGCCCACUCUGUCUAGAAAAAAACAUAAAAACCAUGGAGAAACGUCCAAUCUUGACUAUAUAAUUCUGUAGAGAGUGUGCUUUUUAGAUAAGUGUGUUUAAGAUAGAAGUGGUUUUCAGAGGAGGCAGAUGUUCCGGUUAAUUCAUUUUUUAUGAAACCACUCAUCGCAUAUUGACCGUUUUUCAUUUGAAUAGUGCACACAUUGAGCUGUUGUGGGGUUUGUUUUUUGGCACAAUGACCAAUGUAUAACAUAACCGCUUUUUACUACAAUUGCUGUCUGUUAAAGAUCUGUCACAGGCUUGCUUUUGUUUUGGUAGUGUAUCUGUUUUGGUUAUGGAUGUGAAUGGCUCUCUUUGCUUAAUCUUCAGCAGUAUAUAUAUAUGUAUGUAUAUGACUGGGCCUGCUCAGUUAAAAAAUAUGUUUUGUGGUUUGCGAUUGGUACCAAUAUGUUUACUAGUAAUUUUAACUUCAUGUUUUAUAAGCAAAAAUCUAUUCAAACAUGUGUUAUACGUCACAAGGCUUGUGAAAACAAGAGUCUCUUAUAAUAGUGUUUGGACUACAUGAAACAAUUCUUAAAAAACAUUCUGUGACUUUCCAGUCAAAUCAUAUUUUCAUAGGGUAGAGAACUAAGGUGGUAAUUUUUAUCAGCAAAUUUGUUGUUUUGUUUAUAUUGUGAUACUGUUGCCUGUCUCUCUCACUUAUAUUAAGGCUUUCCUAUGAGCCUGUUUUUUCUAAUGAGAGAAUUACAAUUUUAGAGUGGAAUUACUAGGCACGAAAGCACUAUUCUAGUUCCUGUCAUAACAGUGACAAUUAUGCUAUUUAGUUGUCACUGUUAAAUGAAAGGAAAAAGGAAUGGUUUGCUUCACUUGCAGAUUCAUAUCUUAAGGUUCAUAUUUAAAAGACUUUAGAUUCGAAUGCUUAAUGCUUAAUUUUUUUGCUUUGAAAACCGUUUGCAUUCUUCUGUCAAUGACAUUUUGCCCUCACACACCACAUUUUGUUUCUUAGAUGGAUUGGCAUUGGUGAUGGGACACAGGUAUAUAUAGUAUUGUUACCAUGAAGGGACAAGUCUGAUGUAUGUGUGUGUUUAAGAAAUAUCAAAUAAAACUUUCAGUAUAUGCCAAAGGA